UAAACUGUUAUACAUGCUAUAAUUGUACAUAAAUUUAGUGUUUCUCUACAUUAUUUUCACUUUUACUUUGAAUUUUUUUUGGAUAAAUAGUUUUAAUUAUAAAUACCAAAUUUUAUUUCGGCCCCUCUAAUUAGAUUUAAGGCUUCCUGCUGAAUGUACUGGAUCACUGGGUUUCAAUCCCUCGCUAAUGGCUCGUUUCAAACCCUUAAAGCUGUUUGAUGAAUUGUCUCAAAGAAAAAAAAUCAGCUGCUUUGUUUUCACAUUUAUGAGUCACUAAUAUAUCCUGGCCGAUUUGUUGCAGAGGAUUGAGAAGGAAAGAUGGAUUCUAAGUUGGCCAACACAUGGCGUUUGACAGUGAAUGAGAAGAAUUUCAUCAAAACAGCUUUGCUUUCGGAAAUAAGAAUAGAUGGUCGAAAACCCUUUGAAUUUCGUAAUAUCAUCAUUAACUUUGGCAGUGAAGAUGGGUUGGCAGAGGUGCAGCUGGGCCAGACUCGUGUUAUGGGCAUUGUGACGGCUAAAUUGGUUCAGCCUUAUCAAGACCGGCCUAAUGAAGGAAUACUUACAAUCUAUACGGAGUUUUCGCCAAUGGCUGAUCUGUCAUUUGAGACAGGCCGUCCUGGAGAAUCUGCUGUUGAGUUGGGACGUAUAGUAGAUCGUGGUCUAAGGGAAAGUAGGGCUGUAGAUACUGAAUCACUUUGCAUUGUUUCUGGCAAGUUAGUAUGGGGCAUCCGUAUUGAUCUCCACAUCCUAGAUAAUGGGGGAAACCUGGUUGAUGCUGCUAAUAUUGCUGCUUUGGCUGCACUUAUGACCUUCCGAAGGCCUGAAUGCUCACUAGGAGGAGAAGAUGGUCAGGAAGUAAUAAUACAUCCACCUGAGAUGAUGGAGCCACUUCCUUUGAUAGUACAUCAUCUUCCAAUAGCAAUUACUUUUGGAUUUUUUAUUGAUGAAAGCAUUGUGGUGAUAGAUCCCACCCACAAUGAGGAGGCUGUAAUGGCUGGAAGAAUGAUUGCUAUUGUUAACGCAAAUGGUGACAUUUGUGCAAUUCAAAAAGCUGGAGGAGAAGGUGUCAGUCAGAGUGUUAUCAUUCAAUGUUUGCAACUUGCUAUUACAAUGGCUGCGGGUAUAACUAAGCAGAUAAAAGAAGCAGUUGAAGCAUACAACUCAGAAAGAGCUUUACAAAAGAUCAAGCGUGAGCCUAGUUGUGGGGGUAAUAAUAUAAAAGAGAGCCAAAACCAAUCUAUUGAUAAUAAGGGCAUUGAGGUGGCAGGUCAAUACAUGGAGAGAUUAAAACUUGUAUCGAGGGAAAGCUGUAUAAGUCAAAGUAAUGAUGAUGAGGUUGAUUCAAAAUUAUCUGCACUGAGAAGAGGGACAGAUGGCAAUGGUAUCAAUUUUACCCGUGGCCCACUUAGUUGGGAUCCUUACUCAAAAGGUGUUGAUCCAGAAUUUUUGAAAGCUUCAUUAGCUUCGCAAGGUUUAUCAACUCGCAAUAAGAAACAGGGGUCAAGUGGUGAGGAAAAGCCUGGUGAAGCUGAAGGAGAGGAGCCGUACAGAGAUGCUAAUCCAAAAUCGUCAGCUGUUGAUGCAUCUGAAACUGAAAUGCAGACUAAAGGGCAGAAAACAUUGAAAGAUGCUGUAAAACCUAAGAACAAGAGGAAAAAGAAGGGAUCCUCCAUGAUUUAAUUUGAGAACAUAUCCGUUACAUCUUUAACAUUUCACACAUGUUUGCUUGUAA